UCCUAUAUACUUUUAAUCACUCCAUCCUAGUUCCUACGACAACAGGUUCUCAGGUCCAGACUAUCACAUUCAGUGCUUCGCUCACGUGACUUUCACGUGAUGCCUUGUCGAUGGGUUGCCAGUGAAUUGGUAAUCCCAGUGAAAUCUUAUCCCAGCUGCAGGCGCAAUACGCUUCUCUCGCUCAUUCACCGCCAGUGAUGGUUUCUCACGCCUACAAAAACCCCUUCAGGAUUCCGAUGGUUCAACUCCCAUCAUAGCAUCUAUACCCACCACACCAUACCACACCAAACCACACUCUACUUUUAGAUUCAGUUACCUUCACCUACCGUUUACAAAUACUUCGUGCAACCAACAUCAACACAAGAUGUCUGCUACUACCACUUCGCUCAACGACACCGUCUCUGCCACUACAGCGAAGAUGUCCGAGCCCACCACCCAGACCCAAGACAGCGCCUCUGCUUUCACAACUGCUGUCACCAAUGCCAACGAUCCUGAGGCUACUAUCAAUGAGGAACCCGGGGUCAUUCUAACCGAGUUCCCGAAGUUCAGUGGACUCCCUGCCGAGCUUCGGAUCAAGAUCUGGUCACAAGCCUUGGAAGACAUCACUCCUCGAGUAGUCGAAGUGUACGACUACAAGGAAGCUCGAGUCACCCCCGGCUUCCCCGGAAUCUUCCACGCGAGCCACGAGUCCCGGAGGGAAGCUUUCAAGCUGGCCAAGAAGCAGGGCAAGACAAUGACCCUCAACGCAGAGGACAAGCAGAUGCAGCCCAUCGAGCGCACAUUCUACUUCAACUACAAGCGCGAUACACUGCUCACCACAUGGCGCUUCGCCCCUGAUUUCUACGGCACCUUGGCCCCGGAAUGGGCUGACGACGACUUUGACUUCCUCUUCAAGCUCACCGAGAACUACCGCCACCGCGCCAUCAAGGACCUCUUCCAGGCCGCGGAGAUCGCCAAGGUGCAGAAGCUGGGUUGGCAUCCGAUCAAUGCGGACCAGAUCAUCUCGCCUGACGGAUUCGCACGGUUCAAGGAACUUAAGGAGUUCGUCUAUUUAUCGGGUGUCAAGCGCUACACGCCUUCCAAGGGUCAGCUGCGAUAUAUGAACGGGUGUGUGGCUUCGCUGAAGCUGAUGUUUGCAAGCCUCAAUGCGGAGGAGCCUUGGUCCAAUGUAAUCUUCGAUAAGAUCGAGCCGAAAAUUCGUGCGGUGUUCUCGGUAGAGGAUUUGGUCGACGAGGUUGAGAAAGGGGAGUCCUUGGAGAAGGAGGAUCCGGUCGACGAGGUUGAGAAAGGGGAGUCCUUGAAGAAGGAGGAUUCGAUGGCUGAGGAAAUUGAAGGUGCCUCCGGCGACAGUGUUUUGCAAUACGAGACUAGCACUUAAGAGGGGCGAGGCCGUCGACAUGACCUAGCCAUGCCUGGGAGGUCUGAAUGCGGAGUGCUGAUUUAGUGUCGCGUUGGGCUGCUGCUUAGAUCCUGCCAUUAGCAGGGAGGAUCAGAUGAUACUAUCUGUCUCGAAGCUUGAGUUUCGGUUGAUUGCAUUUCCUUUGGCGGUUGAUUUCUUUACCACAGUAAUAGGACACAGGUUUGGAUAUGCCGUAUUUUUCAUCUUGUUCUGAU